GAAAAGGGGUUAUGGGUUGUGCCAGGCAUAGUGGUAGUUUAUGCCUGCAGUUCCAGCCCUGGGGGCUGAAGACAGGAGAACCAGGAGUCAUGGCUGGCUUUGACUACAUGGUGAUUUUGAGGCCAGCCUGGGCUUCCUGCCUUUAAACACAAACAGCAAAAAGACCCAAAAGGUACUGUGGAGUUGACGGAAUGAGGGACAUGGCUGGGGCAUUGACACACUUGUGACAGAAGAAAAGCCGGGCUAGGAAAUAUUGGGCAUGGAGCUCAGGGUGGCCUUGCCCAACUUCUGCCCCUGCUGCCAUCCUAGUGGGAGCACCAGGGUGUAGGGGCCUGGAUACUGCAUGAUUCUUGUGCAGUAGGGUUCUUUCCCUGGCUGCUCACUCACAAUGGAUACCCUUUGUUAUACCACCACCCCAUUUACCUGGCUGAUGAGCAGUAGCCUGUGAUCUCAGAGACUCUGCAGUGUGCUAAAGUUUGUAGACAUCCAUGUGCUUCUGCAGACUCUGCCAUUAUUAGUCCAUUGUCCCCACUUUGGUGCUGGAUCCCGACACAUUCAGCCUUUUUAGAGACCCUGCUCACUUGGUAUCAUGUUACUUCAUUCCUCGCCAGGAAACAUGCUCAGGUUUCUCUGCUUCAUCAAACAAAGAGCCUGCUGCCAGCAAGGCUGGAGCACCCAGGAAUUGGAGGAUGUGACCACCAGAGCCCGAGGCUGCAUGGGCCGCAGGAUUCAGCAGCCAAGCACCAGGACCAGACACCCAGCGAUGACCAGCUCUCCUGUCUCCAGGGUCGUCUACAACGGCAAGAGGAACAGCAGUCCCCGCUCCCCCACCAACAGCAGCGAGAUCUUCACGCCAGCACACGAGGAGAAUGUGCGCUUCAUUUAUGAAGCCUGGCAGGGUGUUGAACGAGACCUGCGCAGCCAGCUGUCUGGUGGAGAGCGGGGCCUAGUGGAGGAGUAUGUGGAGAAGGUUCCCAACCCCAGCCUGAAGACCUUCAAGCCCAUUGACCUGAGUGACCUGAAGCGCCGGAACACGCAGGAUGCCAAGAAGUCCUAGAGUGCCUGGCGCCCUCCCCUGGCCUCCGGAAGAUCAGGGUGCACUUGAUGGUCUCAAGUUGCCCCUAUCACUGGGGGAACAGGGGUCUGGCUAUGUCAGCCCUUGUCCCUUUCCCCUGCCAGCUGCAUCUUGGGUAGCACCUGGUCCUGCCUACCCAGCCCUCUCUGCUGUUACCUGCCAUGCCUCGCGCCUCUCCUUCCUGGCCACCUAAGGUCAGAAAGGAAAAAAGGGACCUCUCUUCGGCUGUUGGGACCUCGAAUGACCAGAAAUCAGGACUGUGCAAUCCCACCUGCAUCCAGUGUGGCUCUCUCCGUGGAGCCUGGACGUUUGGGGAGCCCCCCUCAUCCCCACUGUCCAUCUUGCCCCUCUCUUCUCUUGCCUCAGUUUCAGAGUGGAAUCAGCUCUGAACCGAGGACAGUGCUGGCUCCUGAAGGGGCCUCUGGCGACCAGACCUGGUCUCCUGGUACCUGUAGCCCUGUGGCCACAGCAGUGCCCUUGAGCAGGGGCACUGAGGCUGACCUUGAAGGAGUGGUGCUGCCAGGCCUGUCCUGGCUUUCUGGGGUGUACUGGGAGGAUCACCAAGGCCCCCUUUUUUGUGCCCUCUUGAAUCCAGGUGUCUUUGUUGGAGACUGAGGGUCUGUGAAUAAAGGCUGGUGGCACUGGG